AUGGACGCUAUCAUCAUCUCCUCCUUUGGCGGACCCGAAGUCCUUCAGCAUCAAGCAGUGUCUAAACCAUUCCCAGCUCGAGAUGAAGUCCUCAUCCGCGUACGCGCCUUUGGUGUUAACCAUGCCGAGAUGCACAUGCGUAAAGGUGAAUGGGACGAAUACCACCCCAUCUCUGGCCUUGAAUGUGUCGGUAUCGUCGAAUUUUGUCCUUCAGGGGACCUCGCUAUUGGAACCAAAAUCGUCGCAGUGAUGGGAGGAAUGGGAAGGACUCGACCUGGGGGAUAUGGCGAAUUUGUCUCUGUACCUCUAACAAAUGUCCUUCCAGUGGAGACAAAACUUUCUUGGGCGGAGCUAGCAGCGUUACCUGAGGUGUAUUGCACCGCUUGGACGUGUUUAUUCACAGUCUUGGAUCUAAAGCGCGGUGAGAGGUUAUUAAUCCGUGGUGCGACGAGCACAGUCGGCCAGGCGGCAUUGAAUCUCGCUGUUGAUGCCGGAGCUGUCGUCACUGCGACUACGAGGCGGGAAGAGCGAUUCGAGUGGUUGAAGAGUAUGGAUGCUGUAGACGUAGUACGCGAACAAGAUGGACUGGCAGAAUAUUUCCAUGCGAUCACGCCAGCAUUACCACAAGAGUUUGAUAAAGUCUUAAACCUCGUCGGCAACCGCGUCUUACUCGACUCUCUCAACCUCACGAAACCAGGAGGACGGAUGCUUCAAGCAGGAUGGUUGGGUGGUUUAGCACCUGUGGAGCUGUUUAACCCCAUGGUUGAGAUGAAGCCCGGGGUACAUUUCAGUCUGUUCCAUAGCAAGGCUCUUGGAUCGAGGGAUUUUCCUCUAUCAGGGAUACCAAUGCAAAAGAUUAUACAAAAGAUUGAAGCAGGGAAGUGGGAUGCGAAACCGGCAAGGGUGUUUGAGUAUAGUGAUAUCCAAAAUGCCCAUCGGGCAUUAGAUUCACAUAAUACCAAGGGGAAGAUUGUUGUAAUACAUUAA